CGGACCUAGUCAACCGUCCAAUCGAGAAUCUAAUCAAGAACCAGAUCAACCGAAUAAAGAACCUAAUCAAGAGGUUGGACCGACAAAUGAGGAUGAUGAGGGAUUUAAUAAUUGUGAUCGAAUGAUCUUUACCAAAAGAUUUGAAGCGAUGGAUGAUCGAAAAAAAUGGUUGCUGAAGAGUGGGAAAUUUGUUGAGGAUGUCUUGUAUGAUUUAGGAAUGAGAUGUAAAUUCCACAACCUGGUUCAUUCAUUCAUUAUUGAUUGUGAAGAUAGAUUUGUUCAGUCAGGGUUCACAAAUAAUGAAUUAAUGGAGAUUAGAGAAGCAUCUGAUAAACAAGGUGAAAUGCAAAUAGAUGAUGAAUUAUUGAAUUACAUAAGUACUUUUGCAAAGAAUUCCACCGAGGAAAUACGAGAAGCUUUAUAUGCUUUACAUCCUAAUCUUACUCGUAAUUAUAACCCCAUAAACGAUUUCAAAUAUGAACAUAUUAGAACGACGGUUUCAGACUGGGUCCGUUUGUUAGAGAUGAAACCCAAUCCACUUACGAUGACAAACCUACCCGAAAGUUGGUUCCGGGUAAACGUUUGGCGGACUAUAGAUAUUGCUUUCUCCGAUAUACCUUUUAUGUUUUUUGUAGG